AUUUAAAAAAGAGAGAAGUGCAUAUCAUAUAUGUAUCAUAAUUAAAACGUGUUAUCUUUUAUAAAAAAAAAACGAAUAUACACGAAGUGGUUGAAUCGUGUAGUGCUCUGUGUCGCAUCACAGAUAGCUAUUAUAUAUAUGUAAGUCGCCAGUCGGUGCCUUGUGUUCUGUGUUGAGAGAAAUGGCGGUCCCGAUCUGUACACGGUUUACCGAGAACUACGAAUUAAAAGAAGAAUUGGGCAAAGGGGCAUUUUCAGUAGUUAGAAGAUGUGUUCAAAAAUGUACGGGAAUGGAAUUUGCUGCCAAAAUAAUCAACACAAAAAAACUUUCAACCAGAGAUUUCCAAAAGUUAGAAAGAGAGGCAAGAAUUUGCCGAAAGUUACAACAUCCAAAUAUAGAUUCGGAUUCUAACACAAAAAAGAUCAUCCAGCAGAACAUAUUGAGAUUACAUGAUAGUAUUCAGGAAGAAAAUUUUCAUUAUCUUGUAUUUGAUUUAGUAACUGGUGGAGAAUUAUUUGAGGAUAUUGUUGCACGAGAGUUUUAUUCAGAAGCUGAUGCUUCACAUUGUAUUCAACAAAUUUUGGAAAGUGUAAAUCAUUGUCAUUCAAAUGGUGUUGUUCAUAGGGAUCUUAAGCCAGAAAAUUUGCUAUUAGCGAGUAAAGCAAAAGGUGCUGCUGUAAAAUUAGCUGAUUUUGGAUUAGCGAUUGAAGUACAAGGUGAACAACAAGCUUGGUAUGGUUUUGCUGGAACUCCAGGAUAUUUAUCACCUGAGGUAUUAAAAAAAGAACCUUAUGGAAAACCAGUAGAUAUAUGGGCUUGUGGCGUAAUACUUUAUAUAUUACUAGUGGGUUAUCCUCCAUUUUGGGAUGAAGAUCAGCACAGACUGUAUUCACAAAUUAAGGCUGGUGCCUAUGAUUAUCCAAGUCCUGAAUGGGAUACUGUUACACCCGAAGCCAAAAACUUAAUCAAUCAAAUGUUAACAGUAAAUCCAGGUAAACGAAUUACUGCAGCUGAAGCACUUAAACACCCAUGGAUCUAUCAAAGAGAACGGGUUGCUUCAAUGGUACAUCGUCAAGAGACUGUCGAUUGCCUCAAGAAAUUCAAUGCGAGGCGUAAACUUAAAGGUGCAAUACUUACUACAAUGCUAGCAACGCGCAAUUUUUCUAGGGGAGUUGGUCGAAGUAUUAUCGUGAAAAAGGGCGAUGGGUCACAAGUAAAAGAAUCAACAGAUAGUUCAACAACUUUAGAAGAUGAUGAUAUUAAAGAAGAUAAAAAGGGUGGUGUGGAUCGGAGUUCAACAGUCAUAGCCAAAGAACCAGAAGAAAUUUCUGCUGAUGAUUUUCAACAAACAAAUAAUAAUGAUGAUAAUACUACUGUUGUGCACGAUUGGCUAGAGUCCACAAAUAUUAAACCCGAUUCAAUGCUUACAGAGGAAUCUGAACAAAUGGGUUAUCAGCGAUUAGAAUGCGAUUCCAUGGAAUACGAGGAAAUAAGGAUAUUAUGUCCCACUAAGACAUAUUCACAACUUUCAACUAAUUCUCAAUGUUCAGCUCGCCGUCAAGAAAUCAUUAAAAUGACUGAACAAUUAAUAGAAGCCAUUAACACAGGAGAUUAUGAAGCAUACACAAAAAUAUGUGAUCCUCAUCUAACCGCAUUUGAACCUGAAGCUAUGGGCAAUUUAGUUGAAGGAAUGGAUUUCCAUAAAUUUUACUUCGAUAAUGGUAAUUUAAUUAAUAAAAAAAUAAUAGUUAUUCCAUAUUAUAAUUAUUUACAACUUUUAGUAUUAGGUAAAAACUGCAAGGCUGUGAAUACAACGAUUCUCAAUCCCCAUGUUCAUCUGAUAGGUGAAGAUGGCGCAUGUAUAGCGUACGUUCGCCUUACUCAAUACAUGGAUAAACACGGACAAGCACAUACUCAUCAAUCAGAAGAAAGUCGAGUGUGGCAUAAACGUGAUAAUAAAUGGCAAAAUGUACAUUUUCAUCGUAGUGGCAGUUGUACUGGAUCUGGUGCAGCAUUUGGUUUUAGUGGUUCAUCGCACAAAUAAGCCAGUGCUUGGCGGUUAUGUACUUUGUUUAUAUUCAAUGUGAUUUGUCUGUCAUCAUGGUUAUAUUAUCGACAGUAUUCUUCUUAAUCAAAUUUAUGAUAAUCUCUAUAAAAUAUACUUCAUAAUAAAUUGUUUCUUUAAACAAAUUUUAUGAGAUUAAAAAAAACGGAUGUGAGGGCUGUGUCGCAUGAAUGUUCUAUAUUUUUCAAAUUUAUUAUCUAUCAAUUUUUUUUAGUCAAAUUAAGGAAAAAUAAAUCUUAUAAUUGAUGACAGAUGAUUUACAAGAGAAUCAUGAAAAUAUAAGAAAACGUUUGUUAAAAAGAGAGCAAGAUUUUAUUUGCAAUCAGUAAAAUAAAACAAUUAGUGAGCAUAACUUAACUGAUCCUUGAAUUAAAAUUAUAAUCUAAACUUUAAAAAAGAGAAUAAAAAAAAAACAAGAACACAUACUAACAUUUAAAAUUUAGGAAAUUUAGUCUUUUUUAAUCAACUAGAGAUCUGAGAGAGGCAUGAGAGAACACUGUGACUCUAGUAAUUUACUUGAAUAUUGGUUCUAGAACCAUUUAAAUUAUUAUAUAGCAUUAUUUAAAUAAUAUAUAUACAUAU